UGCGCCUGUGCUGAAUUCCAGCUGCGAUUGCUAUGAGAGAAAACGAUGCCCAGGAUGGGCUUCGCUGCCCGGCCGCAGCCGGGAGGCCCACACUGCACAGGCGCAGACCGAGCGCUCGCGUCAAAACACCGAGAAGCCGCGCGCUCCCCGCGUCCUGCGCACCCGGGUGCCAGGCGCUCGUCUCAGCGGAGACUCCCGCUAGGACUAGGCGGGCGAACUCACGUCUGAACCGCAAUGCCCCGGGAGAUCAUCACCCUGCAGCUGGGCCAGUGCGGCAACCAGAUUGGGUUCGAGUUCUGGAAACAGCUGUGCGCCGAGCAUGGCAUCAGCCCCGAGGGCAUCGUGGAGGAGUUCGCCACCGAGGGCACUGACCGCAAGGACGUCUUUUUCUACCAGGCAGAUGAUGAGCAUUACAUCCCCCGGGCUGUGCUGCUGGACCUGGAACCCCGGGUGAUCCACUCCAUCCUCAACUCUCCAUAUGCCAAACUCUACAAUCCAGAGAACAUCUACCUGUCUGAGCAUGGAGGAGGAGCUGGCAACAACUGGGGCAGGGGAUUCUCACAGGGUGAGAAAAUCCAUGAGGACAUCUUUGACAUCAUAGACCGAGAGGCAGAUGGAAGUGACAGUCUGGAGGGAUUCGUGUUGUGUCACUCCAUUGCUGGAGGGACAGGUUCUGGUCUGGGCUCCUACCUCUUGGAAAGACUGAAUGAUAGGUACCCUAAGAAAUUGGUACAGACAUACUCAGUGUUUCCCAACCAGGACGAGAUGAGUGAUGUGGUGGUCCAGCCCUACAACUCACUCCUCACACUAAAGAGGCUGACCCAGAACGCUGACUGUGUGGUGGUGCUGGAUAACACAGCACUGAACCGGAUAGCCACAGAUCGACUGCACAUUCAGAACCCAUCCUUCUCCCAGAUCAACCAGCUGGUAUCCACCAUCAUGUCAGCCAGCACCACCACCCUGCGCUACCCCGGCUACAUGAACAACGACCUCAUUGGCCUCAUCGCCUCGCUCAUUCCCACCCCACGACUCCACUUCCUCAUGACUGGCUAUACUCCCCUUACCACGGACCAGUCAGUGACCAGUGUGAGGAAGACCACUGUCCUAGACGUCAUGAGGAGGCUGCUGCAGCCCAAGAACGUGAUGGUGUCCACAGGCCGAGACCGCCAGACCAACCACUGCUACAUUGCCAUCCUCAACAUCAUCCAGGGAGAGGUGGACCCCACUCAGGUACACAAGAGCCUGCAGAGGAUCCGGGAACGGAAGCUGGCCAACUUCAUCCCCUGGGGCCCAGCCAGCAUCCAGGUGGCCCUAUCGAGGAAGUCCCCCUACCUACCCUCAGCCCACCGGGUCAGUGGGCUCAUGAUGGCCAACCACACCAGUAUCUCCUCGCUGUUUGAAAGUUCCUGCCAGCAGUAUGAUAAGUUGUGGAAGCGGGGGGCCUUCCUGGAGCAGUUCCGAAAGGAGGAUAUCUUCAAGGACAAUUUUGAGGAGAUGGACAGGUCCAGGGAGGUGGUUCAGGAGCUCAUUGAUGAGUACCAUGCAGCAACACGGCCAGACUAUAUAUCCUGGGGCACCCAAGAGCAGUGAUUACUCUCUGCUGCCACCUGGAUGGAACGCAUGGCCCCCCACUGUGCCUGGACCCUCGACUCAAUCCUCACCUUGUCACACUUCUAGGUUUAUUUCCAGUGCAGGAGCUGGUUCUAUCUUCUUCCUUCCAUCCCUGGCUCUUGAUAUGCUUGUUUCAUUCUAAUUAAACAAUAAAGCUUGAUGGUGAAUAAA